AUGGAAAAUUUGAUUGGGAGUGAUGAUGAUAAUGCAGAGUAUGAAGGGGAUGGAGAAUCUGAAGAGGGUAAUCAAGAGUAUGAAGAGGAUGAUGAAUCUCAAGAAAGUGAUCCAAAUUUUGAAGAGUAUGAUGAAUCUGAAAAUAGUGAUCCAGAGUAUGAAGAAGACGAGAGACAAAUAGAAGAUGAAGAUCAUAUGGAUGACAUAAUGGAUGUUGACAACAAUAUACAGGAUGUGGAUGUGGACAUGGGAGACUUCACUCUCAAUGUUGAAAGUGAUGUGGAAGGUUCUUGUAUAAAUGUUGUUCAUGGGCAUGAACCUGAAGAUAUGGAAGUGAUUAACCAUGAGGAAUUUGAAUCUUUGGAUGAAGGAUCCGACCAAGACAGAGAGAGAAGAGCUCUUAUCAAGAAUUUGAGAAAAGAAAAAAGCAAGAAAAUACUUGAUCAAGUUGAGGCGAAUCCAGAUAUACCUUUGAGAGCCAUACAAGAUCACUUUCAAAAGACCUACCAAGUGAGUGUUAGUAUGGACAAGGUGUUCAGGGCAAAGGAUAAGGCAAGAAAGCAUAUAACUGGUGACUACACAAAGCAGUAUGAACUGUUGAGGGACUAUGUUCUCGAACUUCAAGCCACCAACCUAGACACCACAGUGAAAAUAGAUGUAUGUUCUGAGCCUAACCCUGAUUCCCCAACUAGGCAAUUUAGAAGAAUUUAUGUAUGCUUGGGUCCACUGAAAAAAGGGUUCAAGGCCUGCCUUAGGGACUUAUUAGGUUUUGAUGGUGCCUUCAUGAAAGGACCAUUCCCUGGGCAAGUCCUUUCAGCAGUUGGUCUUGAUUCCAAUAAUGGAAUUUACCCAUUAGCAUAUGGGAUUGUUGAGUCUGAAAACACAGAAAGCUGGAAAUGGUUUUUAAAUAACCUUGGGGAUGACUUGGACCUUGGAAGAAACUCAAAUUUUACUUUCAUAAGUGACAGGAAAAAGGGUUUACAUACUGCAGUUGAGCAAAUUUUUCCCAAUGCUGAGCAUAGAUAUUGUAUCAGACAUAUUCAUGACAAUAUGAGGAAAAGAUGGAGGCAAACAGAGUACAGGGACCACUUAUGGAGGUGUGCAUCAGCUACCACCAUUCCUGAGUUUGAACAUUUGAUGAAGGAGUUUAGUCAGUAUGAUAAGGAGGCAUGUGAAUGGUUGAAGCAAAUUCCUCCUAAACAUUGGCAAGGAGUCAUUUUUCAGGUGGGAAGGCCUAAGAAAAAGAGAAGACAAAGUGAGGGUGAAAGGUUAAGCAAAAAGCAGAAGGCAAGUCAAGGUGAUGGAGUGAAUACUGCACAAGAAGGAGGUUCCUAA